AUCAACAUCUCUUAAUAAUAUGCAAUAACUGCAAAUAAGCACCAUCCAACUUGAUAUACACGUGCCAAAAAACCAUAUAUGCAUAAUCAACAAAUGACCUUAAAACUAUUAUCAUAAUUAUUAGUGUAUUUCGCAUGGCACCAAUCCAUUGUGACGCCAUGCUUACUAUGUUUACUUUGUUUAUUUUAAAUCCUUAUAGAAUAAAUUUACGCGAGUCAAUAAUGAAAUAAUUAUAAAAAAGGCUUUUUUAAAUUUUGCUUAGAAGCUAACUCAAGUGCAAUUUUAUUUAAAUCUGCCAUACUUCCAACCCUCUUAAGACAAAAUAGUAUUAAAAUAUUAAAAUAAACAAGAUCACUCUAAACGUUAUCAAAAAAGCCAGACAUCAAUAUCCCAUUACAUAUAAUAAUUACUAUUUGACCAGCCAAUGCUACCAAGUUAAAUUCAAUUUUUCCUUGGGUCUGUUUGAUUACGAAAUUAUCACGCGAAAAAAAAAUAGUUUUAUGUCUGUUUUCAGUUUUAUCGGGACAUUUCGGCGCGAUAUAAAAUUAUUAAAUGUUUAGUAAUGAACGAACUAUUGUUAAGUGCGGCUAAUUGUGGGUGAUUGGUAAAAUGUUUGAUUGUGCCCAGGAUUAUUAUGUUUGUCAAAGGAUUCAAGACUCGUUUACUAUUGUUUAUAAGAAUAAUGGUUCAAACGGGACGGCUAGAGCAUAUUUGAAUGGACAUGCAAACAAAUUGGAAGACAAACAAUCAACACUGUCAAGAUACUGUACAACGGAAAGAAGGAAAACGCCGUCCAGUUAUGCGGCCAUUAAGAGAUCAUGCAGGGAUAAAGGGGUGCUUUAUGAAGAUGUGGAUUUUCCAGCUAGUUCGAAAUCUCUGUACCAUCACAAGAAACCUAGUUUGAGUCCUAUUGUAUGGUUGAGGCCACAUGAAAUUUGUCAAAGGCCAAAGUUCUUUGAGGAAACGUCAGCUGAAUCGACCUACAGGUUUUCAGUGGAGGCUGGAGAGCUUGGGGACCAAUGGCUUUUAUCAUCAGUCGCUUCUUUGGCGUUAACACCAAAAUUUUUAGAAAGGGUGGUACCGCAUGAUCAAGGAUUUGAUGCUGGUCAUAAUUAUUGUGGAGCAUUUAGAUUCCGAUUUUGGCAAUUCGGCGAAUGGAAAGAAAUAGUCGUGGACGAUAAACUGCCAACACACAAAGGAAGACUCGUUUACCUUCACUGUUCAAAUUCAACGGAGUUUUGGGCAGCUUUAUUAGAAAAAGCAUAUGCGAAGUUUUAUGGGUGUUAUGAAAAUCUUACGCAAGGAUCGACAACAAAAGCGCUUCAAGAUUUGACCGGUGGAAUAGUACAAAGCUUUGGAUUAAGCCAUCAAGAUAGGUUUCUUACGUUUCAAGUAUUAAAUUCGGCUGUUCCUAGGUCUAGUCUGCUUAUCGCUACAAUAAUUCAGGAUAAAGAAAGUAAGCGACAUCUACGUCUUCGAAACGGUCUGAUUACCCAACACGCAUACUCAGUAACAGGAUUGGCACGGGUCAGGGGAGCACAAGGAGAAACGCCAUUAGUAAGACUAAGAAACCCAUGGGGUAGAGGAGAAUGGACUGGAGCAUGGAGCGAUCGAUCGUGGGAGUGGGAUGGGCUAUCUGCUAGAGAUAAGGAACUACUGAGUGUUAGAAUAGUCAAUGAGGGAGAGUUCUGGAUGUCUUUUGAAGACUUUGCCAGACACUUUACUCAACUCGACUUGGUUCAUAUUGGUCCUGAUGACUGGAUGAUGGAGGGCGCCCUUCACUCAAAGCAACCUUGGAGGGCGGUUUUAGCUAGGAGGAGGUGGAGGGCAGGAUACAAUGCUGGAGGUGGGCCAACGUAUAUUGAAACAACUUCAAUGAAUCCUCAGUUUCAUGUGCAAAUCCCAAGGGCCACCAGCAAUAAAUGCCAUGUAGUUGUUUCUGUCACACAAUGUUACGAGACCAAUGUUGUUGAUGUAAAAAAGAGAAAACCUCUUUUUGCUAUUGGGUUUGCUGUUUAUGAGGUGCCUGCUUCAAUGCAGAGAUUGACACCCAACUUUGUUGCUGACCAAAAGCCUCUGGAUGUAACGAACCAUUCUAUUGCCCGAGAAGUAGUAACAUUCUUUACAUUACCGCCAGGAGACUACAUUGUAGUGCCGCAAACAAACGUACCAAAUUUAGAUGGGAAAUUUUUACUUAGGAUACUUACCGAUGAACAAAGUAAUAUUUGGGAAGUUAAUGAGGACAAUAUGUUAAUAAAAAAUUUAGCACUAGAAUUUAAUGAUGAAACUUCAACUCUUCAUAAAGAAGGAAAGUCAAUUCUCCCAAAACUUUUGCUCAAAUAUCCGCCAGAAGUGGACGCUAGUCAACUGCAAAAGAUUUUAAAAUCCAACUGGAAAUCGUACUUAUGCGAGAAACCCAGCUUGGAGCUCUGUAAAAGUCUGAUUAUGUUAAAGGAUUACAAUAUUAGCGGAAGAAUAAAUUUAAUUGAUAUACCUACAAUGAUACAUAUGCUACAGUUUUGGAGGCUGGCAUUCCAAAAAUUUGAAAGGGGCCACAACAGCGGGAAAACUUCUAGCUAUAACUUGAGAGCUUUGCUAUGGGAAGCUGGUUGUACUGUCAGUAAUAAAGUACUGGAAUGUUUAGUACUGAGAUUUGCUAAAAAUAGGAUUGUUACACCAGAAAGUUACAUUAUGGCACUUAUACGACUAUAUUUGGCACAUGAGCGGUACCACAAUCUUGAUACAAAAAUGAAAAGCAAUCCUAUAUCUCUAGAAGAGAUGAUCCUGAUGACAAUCUACUCAUAAAUAUCACAACUGAUGUAUAAUGUUUUAAUUAUAAUCUUAUGCCAAAGAGUUAUCUGUAUUUUAUAAUUUUCAAAUGUUUAACUGUAAAUUUGUAACUAAUCUGUACAUAGUAAUUAUUGUCAAGCUGUAUAGUACCGAUAUUUUAAUUUAUUUAACUUGUGCAAUUUUAUUCAAAGGUACCUUAUUUUAAUAUUAUUCUAUAAGCAAUAAGAUUGCCUGAUGUAUUUUAAAAAAGUUAACGAAGUAUUAAAUAAUUAAGUGACUAUA